GGAUAUCAUGCCCUGUGAGCUGUUUACUACGUCCCCAGUGAUGACGUAUCUAUAAUUUUCAAAGUUGACAGCUUGGUAACAAUGCUGGAGCGUAACAUUUUCUUGGUCUUAGCAAUAUGCAGUUGAUUUAGAGACACACAUAACAAAUAUCAUCUUAUCUGUUAGAACUUUUGCAUAGUCCAUAAAACAUGUCUUUCUUCGUAGAUUCAGUGAUCAUGUUCACCUCCCAGGUGUUUUUCUUUGGCUUCGGCUGGCUCUUCUUCAUGCGACAAUUAUUCAAAGAUUAUGAGAUCCGACAGUAUGUCGUCCAGGUGGUGUUUUCAAUCACCUUCGCCUUCUCUUGCACUAUGUUUGAACUAAUCAUAUUUGAAAUCCUGGGAGCUCUAAGCAGCACGUCAAGAUAUUUCCACUGGAAAUUGAACCUUUAUGUGAUUUUACUGGUUCUCAUCUUUGUGGUGCCUUUCUACAUUGGCUACUUUGUUGUCAGCAACAUACGACUUCUGCAGAGACAGAAGCUUCUCUUUGCUUGUAUGGUAUGGUUCACAUUCAUGUAUUUCUUCUGGAAACUGGGGGAUCCCUUUCCUAUCCUCAGCCCUAAACAUGGGAUCCUAUCUAUUGAGCAGCUUAUCAGUCGAGUUGGGGUGAUUGGUGUCACACUUAUGGCUCUGCUAUCUGGUUUUGGUGCGGUCAACUGCCCUUACACCUACAUGUCUUACUUUCUGCGUAAUGUGACAGAGAGUGACAUCUUAGCCCUGGAGAGAAGAUUGCUUCAGACCAUGGACAUGAUUGUCAGUAAAAAGAAACGGAUUGCUAUGACGAGGCGCCAGAUAUUCCAGCGUGGAGAGGACCAAAACAAACAGACUGGAUUCUGGGGGAUGAUCAAGAGUGUCACGUCUUCUCCAUCAGGCAGUGAGAAUCUGUCUCAGAUUCAGCAGGAAGUGGAUGCUUUAGAGGAGCUCAGCCGGCAGCUCUUCCUCGAGACAGUAGAUCUUCAGGCCACCAAGGAGCGGAUAGAAUAUUCCACGACGUUUCAGGGAAAGUACUUCAACUUCUUGGGCUACUUUUUCUCCAUCUAUUGUGUUUGGAAGAUAUUUAUGGCCACCAUCAAUAUAGUCUUUGACCGUGUGGGCAAAACUGAUCCAGUAACUAGAGGGAUCGAAAUUACAGUGAACUACCUGGGUAUCCAAUUUGAUGUGAAGUUUUGGUCCCAGCAUAUCUCUUUCAUCCUGGUGGGGAUCAUCAUCGUCACCUCCAUACGAGGCCUGCUGAUCACACUCACUAAGUUCUUCUAUGCUAUCUCAAGUAGCAAGUCUUCAAAUGUAAUAGUGCUUGUUCUGGCUCAAAUCAUGGGCAUGUACUUUGUGUCGUCUGUGUUGCUCAUGCGCAUGAGUAUGCCGCUGGAGUAUCGCACCAUCGUCACCGAGGUCCUGGGGGAGCUGCAGUUUAAUUUCUACCACCGCUGGUUCGACGUCAUCUUCCUGGUCAGCGCUCUCUCCAGCAUCCUCUUCCUCUACCUUGCCCACAAGCAAGCGCCCGAGAAGCACAUGGGGCUGUGAUUUUUUGCCACGUGACAGAGCUGUGUUUAUCUUUUUUCAUACAAGCUUUUUUUUUUAUUCAGUUUGUUUUCGUGUAUAUGGCAACAUGGGGUUCAAUGGAAAGACCCUCUUGUGAUGUAGGUUCUGAUCGAAAAGCCUACACACAGCGGAUUGCAACGAUUGGCUCUGUGCUAAACUGUGUUCGGAUUGGACAGGGAUUAAUAGGCUUUACAAAAAUAAUUAAUUUGAUUGGGAAAGCAGGUGAAGAUUUGACCAAUUCGGUAUAGAUGCUUUCUUUUUUUUUUGAUUUCCUGUGGGGUGAUAUCUACUGACUUGCAGAUGGAGGCCAGGCUCUGCACAUGUACUACUGGGCAUAAAUAGCUCCAAGCCUUAACUCAUUACUCAACUAUGACAUUGCUCCAGCCCUCACAGUAAACAUCAAAAAUCCACUCUUGACAUUUGUUUUUAAUCACGCAGCUAUCAUGGCCUCAGCAUAGACUACUGAUCCCAGUGUUAUCUCUGGGUUCAUUGCACUCGGAACAUAAAAGUUCCUACAACGUCUUCUGUAAGGUCAGGUGACGUUUUGAAGAAAGGCGUUCAGAUUUUAUUAGACAGGUUUGCAAGGACCAUUAUCUGGAGAAAAAUGCAGUUUGAAUGGAUAAACUGGCCCAGUAAGUGUUCUUUAAAAAAAUAUAUAUUUCUGCCUUUAAACUGCAACGAGGAACUCUGCCUAAUUUCAGAGUAUAUAACAUUGGCUCUGUAUCAGUAGCCAGUUACUCCGUAAUUGUAUAUUUUGUUUUUGAAAUGCAGUCCACGUAGAUAAGCCACGAUUUUAAGACGUCAGCGAUCACUAAGACACAAGAUCUUGUUGCAGUUGUUGCUUCUUUUUAUAAGUUGUCACCUCUGAGACAAAUAAAUAUGUCUUUGUUAAA